UGGGAAUUUUAAGUUGAGGUAGUGGAAAGCAAGAGUGAUCUAAUCUAGUUUAUCCCCUUUUACCCGGACCCCCCAUAGUUUCAUCUGUCGUUUUGUGGUUGAAGUCAGAACCUUUUCUAUUUGCUUUAACUAAUGCACACCACCUGUUGGUUAUUUGUUCUCAUCCAAAAUUUCUCUCUGUUUUGCUUCUUGACAUAUAUAUGUAUUAUAUUAUAUUUAUAUAUAUAUGUAUGAUUUUUGAGAAGAUUGUUUGAAGCAUAACAAAAGCAUUUUUUUUUUUUUUUGCAUUCAAGCUCAAUUUAUAACAUUUUCUUAGAAGAGAAAAAUGGUCAGAUGUCCUGAGCUUCUUGACCUGAUCUCCAGAGACAGGGAAUGGGAUUUGACUAGAAAUGGUGUUGGAAGUUCUGUUAUUGAGAAUAAUAAACUUGAAUUGAGACUUGGAUUGCCAGGAGAAGCAAGUAGUUGUUUGAAUGGUAACCAUGAAAAUGGUGAAAUCUCUCUUUCUUCUGCUAAGCCAUUUUCUUCUUGUUUCAACAUAAGAAGCAAUAAAAGGGCUCUUUAUGCGAAAACUGAAGGAAUAGCUGGAGAUGGAAAUCGGUUGGAUAGAAAUGAUGAAUUCCAACCCCACAAGCUGAUUUUCCAUGAGAAAACAGCUGAGAAGGUCUCUCCUUUCACUCCCUGUCUUAGUGCUUCCUUACCAUCUUCAGCUUUUCAUAGGGAAGCUCAGAAGUUAUCUCAACCAUCUCAAUCUUCAUAUUUGAAACAUGUAUUGAUGCCUCAGAACUUGGAUUUGGUGUCAGAGGAGUCAUCAAAGCCAUGCAGUUUAAAAGCAACUGAGUUGAACUCAUGUCUCAACGAUGGUUCAGUUCCUGCAGAAUCAUCUGAAACUAAACACCAUGACAAAAGGGCUUCAGUUUCAGCAGCCGUUGGUUGGCCUCCCAUCCGUUCUUUCAGGAAAAACUUCGCUGUUCCCCGAUCUUCAAAGCCUAACUCUCUGGAAUCGUCAAAAGAAACUGUGCAGGAUGAGAAUGGCUCAAAAUUAUCUGACUGCUAUAAUGGACAAAUGUUUGUAAAAGUUUGUAUGGAUGGGGUUCCCAUUGGAAGAAAACUAAAUCUCCAAGCCUAUAAUAGUUAUGAUCAACUGUCUGCUGGCAUAGACGAACUCUUCCACAGUCUUCUUGCAGCACAGAGAAACUAUCUAGCAGCUGAAGAUGGGAGAAAGAUGGAGGAAACAACGUCGGUAUCUGAUUCCAAACACAAAAAUGGGCUGUAUACUCUAGUUUACUAUGAUAAUGAAGGGGACAGGAUGCUUGUUGGUGAUGUCCCGUGGAAGAUGUUUGUUUCCACUGUGAAGAGGCUACGUGUAUUGAAGAGUUCUGUUGUUGCCACUGAAAUGAAAUGAAACUCCUUUCAAGCACAAACAUCUGAAAGGUACAAGAAAUGUUCUUGUCAAAAAGCAAUUUUGAGUAGCAAUGGCAACAGUUUAUGUCAAAGAGUGAAUGUCAGCUACGAUUUUCCCAUGUAGAUUUUUUGUUUUCCCACACUUCUAUAGAUGUUGGCAGUGAUAUCAAGCUGCAAGGUGUAAGCGCAGCCUUGGCUUUCAAGGUUGAGGCAACUGCUGUUGUGUGUAUAUAUAUAUUCUGUUUCUUCAGAAAUAUGAGUUUUGAUUUUGAAUUCUUCUAGGGAAUUUACUGCAUCCAAUAUAAAUUUUUAUUCUAAACUUACGUUUCA